UCCGUCAUCCGGGGCAAGGCAGUCGAGGCUGGAGCCAAAGCAGAAUAGCAAUACCGAUCCUCUUUUUUUUUUUUAUCGCGUCAGCUGGCCACGCAGGCAGACCUACUCUAUAACCUCGUGAGCAGCGAAGUACAUGUGCCGCAUUCUGAUUCACCUGUCGUAGGGGAUGUUCGCAUGUAGUGCAGUUCUAGAAUCAAGCCACCGCGACGCCUCGAGAUGCCUCCAAGUCCCCUCCCCCAUCCUCGCCUCUUUUCGGCCCCCUUUUUUUUUCGCGCUUUUUGGGGGCUUUCUGGGAAGGAAACACAGCGCGUCUGCCACGACCUAGAUGUGAUGAAUCUCGCAGCCGCAACGGCAACGUCUUCGACGUCCGUCCGUCCACCUGUCUGUCCCUGUUCUGGCGUGUCUAUAGGAGCCGGCAUUUCCCACCACCCCCUCGCGCGUAAAGUAACCAAUAACGCGGACGUUUACCCCGGCGCCCGUAACGUCGCGACUUAUGUACCAGUCUAGCUUCUCCGCGGACGGGACGGAGAGGGGCAGGCUCUCCUCU